UAUGUGAUAAUGAACUAUACUCCUGGUGAAGUUUGUUGAUCGAGAAAUUAUUGAAGAUGUCGUUCUUCAAAGAUAAUAACUUGUUCCCGCCGAAGAAAUCAGCCAACAGAAUAUGACGUUCACUCCGAAUACUGAUGGAAUGUGAUCACAGAGAAUAAAGGUUAUUUUCCCAACAUCUCACCGAAUGCUAGCUUCCGUGGCAGGAGUAGUCACAUUCUUAGAUCAGGGCAUGGAAAAUGUCACGCUAGAAGUCAUUUCAUCAAAGCUUUGGAGCGAAAUAAUACAUUUGAACAUUUCAAGGAAGCCUUUGAUUCUCUUUCGUAGUAGUGAAAAUGCUGAAGAUAUCAUAAUUCUUGGAGACGAGAUAUUGAUGAUCAGUCGACAUACAGUGUUUUUGGAUUGUCUUUAACUUCAUGUAUAUCGUUUUUGAAAUGGUAAAACUGUCUGCUCAUUAUAAAAAAAAACUUAUUUUUGUAACAAAUUGCUUGUGG